UCCUAAGAUAAAUGAGGAAACUAACAUUAGCGAAAUUAAUGAGAAUGUUAUACCCCAAUCUCGAGGCUCGAAAAGUCAUGAUUCGAAGAAUCGCUUAACGGCCUACUCUGCAAUAGAAAUACCGAAUACGUCCUCUUUGAUUGAAUCGAAUGCCCAAAUUCCGAUAGGAGGAAUAGAAACAAUUCCCACUAUGACAAGUACUUUGAUGUCACCGCUAUCGGCAUAUAUUUUCCUUGCCCUGUUAAUUAUCGCGGUUGUGUGGUUCGUGAGACGUACAUGGGGAUUUGAGAGGAAAAGCAAGCAGUUGCAGAAUAUAUGGGUUGGGUAUUAA